AUGCCCCGCCUCCCAACCCCCACAGACUUCCCCCCUGCCCUCCACCUAGACAUCAUCCCCCCCAGGAGCGGCCCACCAAUAAACAUCCUCAUCCUCCUCCACGGCCUAGGCGACACCAAAACCCCCUUCACAUCCCUAAGUCGCUCUCUAAACCUGCCCGAAACAGCCUGUUUAGCAAUCCAAGGACUUCAUCCCAUACCCCAAAUCUUCACAGGUUCGGAGGUUCCUUCAUUUCAUUGGGGAGAUGACGUCUUAAUCGACGAAGCAAAAGGGGAGAUAGAAAUGGAUUCCGGUUUUGAAAAGACGAGGGAGGUAUUGGGGGACGUGGUGAGGAGGUUAAUGGAAGGAUGCGGAUUCCCGGCGAAGAAUAUACUGUUUUAUGGCUUUGGACAGGGUGGGAUGGCUGCCUUAUCACUUAUCUCCUCAUCCUCCUCCUCAUCAUCCUCUUUACCAGCAUUCUCAACCCUCGAAUUCGGAGGUCUAAUCUCAAUCGGUGGUCGUCUUCCCUCCUCCUCUUUCCCUACCACAUCAACAUCAUCACCAAACACCACAACCAAAAUCAAAACUCCAAUUCUGGUUUGUGGAGCCAGCAACAGCACACAGAUCACACGCCAAGCGAUUGACGGCUUGAAAGAAAGGUUUGGAAGCGUGGAGUAUGUUAAGUGGGACAAACGGGGGGAUUCCAUGCCUGGGAGUAGGGAGGAGAUGGUGCCUGUUAUGAGGUUUUUUGCGAGGAGGUUGAGGAGUCGACAGGGUGUGCCGGAGGGGGCUGUGGAGAUUUAG